UUUAUGAAUAGAAAAAGAUAUAAAUUCUUAGUUGAAGCCACCAUCUUGCAAGUUCAAUUAUUGGUACAUUUUUAAUGCAAGAUCUAAGUAAUAAUAAAAAAAGGUAAUCCUAAAUUUUUUUAGUUAUUUCUUAGGUUCUUAAAAGAUGGAAACUCAAUCAAAUUACGAUUUGCAAAAUGGUAUAGCAAUAAUCAAUGAAACUCUUUAAUUCAACAUAACAACAGAUCUAACGUAAGAUGGAAAAUAAGAAGAAAAGAAAGCUUAAUUAAUUGUUAUAUUAGUAACGGAGAAAGGAUAAAAAAAUGCAGGUUUUAACAAUCUUGACUUCUCAAAAUAUUUAAAUUAAUAAAACUUAGGUAAAAAAGAUUUUUUAAGAUUCUAUUUAGAAUUCUAGGAGAUAUUAGAGUUAGAUAAGUGUCCUGAUAAAAAAGCAAAAUUGAUAGUUAACUUUAAGAUUACUAAAAUUGGUGAUUUAGAUAAUGAGUAUAAAAUAUUUAUGUAACAAUAGCAAUGAAGUUUAAGAUUAAUCUUCAGAUUUUUAAUAACUUUCUGCCAACGCUUCUGAUCAAGAACCAUUUACUAAUAAAAAUAAUUAAAAAGGAACAGAUUAGAUGCUUUAAAUUGAAAGUAAAUCAGAUGAAUUUGGAUCAAAAUAAUAGAAAUCUUAAAAUGAGAGUUAAUAAUUAAUUAAUAAAGAUAUUAAAAUCAAUGAGUAGAAUUUAUUAAUUUAGAACCUUAAAGUUAAAAUUGAUGGAAUGAUUGAAAAAGAUAUCUAUUAAGAUAUGUUGAAAAAUUAUGAAAAAUAAUUAAAAGAUCAAGAAGAUAAAAUAAAACUCAUAUCGGAUGGUAUUAAUAAUUCAUAUAUUAAUUUAGAAUUGAAAGCAAAAUAGUUGAAAAUUCAAAAAUAAAAUGAAGAACUUUAAAAAUUUAAGAUAGAAAAUCAAGAAGAACUUUCUAAUUCAAAUAAAGCUUGUUCAUAAUAAUUGGAAAAAUAAUCUGAAUAGAUUAAAUUAUUGAAGGUAGAAUUGGAACAAAAUAAAGUUUUAUAAGAGCAAUUAAAAUAAUUAAAUGAAUCUAUGGUUAAAUAAAUUCAUAGUUAUAAUGAGAAACUUGAGAUACUUGAAAAUUAAAUGAAAGAAAAAGAUGAAUAGAUCUAAAAUAUGAAAAAUUUAACAAUAGGAAAUAUUUCUGAGUUACAAUAAGGUAAUGAAAUUUUAGAGAAACAAGACUCAAAAUAAAUAUGUGAGAUUGAAAUAGAGGAGAAAACAGAUGUAAAAUGUUUGAUUUUAAAUAUAGUAAUAACCAAUUGUAGCGACAUCUAUAGAUUCUGAAAAUAUAAUUGAAGAAUUAAAAUCAGCUCCUAAUCUAUAAUAGUAGGAUUUAGAAAUUUUAAAAUAAAAAUAUGAAUCAGAAUUAGCAUAAAAAGAUUAAAUUAUUCAUAAUCUAUAGUUUAAAUUAAAUGAAACUUUACAUCAAGAAUUUCAUUUGAAUAGAUUAGAUCAUGAAUCAAAGACUUAAAUUAUUUAAUCAGAAAAAUAGAUUCAUGAACCAAUAGUAAGGCCAAAAUAAGAAUAAUAAAUAAAUAGAUUAAAAACGUAAAUAUAAAUAUGGUAAUCAAAAUAUGAGAAUAAUUAAAAAGUACUAAAUGAAUACAAUAAUGAAAUUCAAUAUUUAUUGAGAUUAGUUGACAAUGUGCCAAAUUUUUUGGUUGAUUAAAAAGAGUUAGUAGAACCAUUAUUAUUAUUAAGAAGAGCCAUUUAAGUAAAGCUUUAGAAUUAUUAAAUGACUCAGUAACUUUCUGAGUAGAGAAUAUAGCAAUUGCACUAGGAAUUAGAAGUUUGUUAGUAUAAAUUGAAAUUGGAAUAAAGUUAAUAAGUAAUAUAAUAUUAAAUAUGGAGUAUUCUAAUUUAUAAUCUCAACCUAAGACAUAGAAGACGUAUGGUGAUGAAGUGACAAAAAUUAAUGAAUUUUUAGAAUAGUAUGAAAUAUUUGAUAAAUAUUAUAGAAAUAAGGAAGAAUUGAGAAUUCUUUAAGAAUAGGUAGACCAAUAAAAGUUAUUAAAUGUUGAUACUUCAAAAUAAUUAGAAGAAGCUAAAUCUCAACUCGCAAUCAUGAGGACAAACUUAUCUAAAUCCAAAUAAUAAUUAGCAGAGACUAUGUAGGAAAAAGUUUUAUUAUAAGCAAAAAUGGCUGAACAAUAAAAAGCGUUAAAAGAAAAAAUUCAAGAAAUUUAAAAAGAUUAGGAAAUCAUUUCUGAUCUCGAAUAAUAUAAUAUAUAAAUGGAAGAAGCACUUUCUUAGACCUUAGAUUAAUAUAAAUAAUAAAAUACAUAAAUGAAGUAAGCUUAUGAAAAAGAGAAAAAGCUUAGAUAAGAACUUCAACAAUAAAUUAAAUCUUUAAAAGAAGAUUAAACAAAAGUAUUAUAAGGUGAAUCUAAAAUUAAAAGUACAGAAGAAAAAAUAUAGUAAUGCAAUUGUAAAGAAAAAAUUUAAUAUUAUGAACAAAAGAUAGCUGAAUUAGAAUUUUAAAUAUCUGAUUUAUAAAUAUAAAGAUUAGAUAAAACUAUUUAAAGAAAUAGUAUUGCUUAAGUAAGAGCAAGUAUAUUAGUGAGUCAUAGAGAAUCAUUAGCUUUCUAAUAAUUAGAGGAAGCAAAUAAUUAGAGUAAUGUUUUUAAUAAUAUUCAAGGGAGUGAAUUAUCAAAAAUAAAGGAUAUAGAAGAUCAAAAUGUUAAUUUAACUGAUGAACGAUUUAAAAUGUCAAAAGAGUAUCAGACAAUUUUAGAAAGAGCUUUAUUAGCUAAUUCUUAGAUAGAAAAUAAAUAUAAAAAUUAAGUAAAAGAAUUAGAAGAGAAGAUUGAUUAAUAGUCGUAAUCUUUAAUCAAAAUGAAAUUAGAGAUUGCUGAUUUAUAUAGUGCAGCAAUUAAUAUAGGUGGGACAAUUUUGGUAGAUAAAUUGCAUAUUGCAUUAGGAGUAAUAGAAUGA